UUAGGUAUUCUGCCACAGGAGCUUCGGAUAACACAUCAGACAGUCGGAAGAAACCUGCACAAACGGUAUCUAUUAAAAAGUAAUAAUCUGGUGGGUUACUGCGUCAGGGAAGCACUACGUCAGAGUUAGAGCUCAGGACGUCAUCGUUUCCGGCACACCGAUGAGGUUUUACGGCCACGAUGUUCCUUCGUCCCUAGAAACCCAUGACAUCAUUAGUGUAGGAGUUUACUGCGUCAUCAUUGACGUCACGGAUGGCUACGCCUCCAAAGUAUAUACAUGCACGUGCAUUCUGGGCGGUAAAGCAGUCGCCGUUCAGCUGUAGCCAGUCGAUGUGCAGCUUUGCAAAUCUGAGGGCUUCGUUGCUGUGUUAUUUUCCUGACUUGAACACUCACAUGGGGACCAAGUCAUCUUAAAGCUGACACUAAAACCACACAAGGCGUAGAAAAAGUUUUCAACAGAUUUAGUUGCUAGAUCAGGGUCACUUGUCUAAACGCAAGAGUUCACGAGACCAAUCCAUUUCAAAACUCUGGAAUUUUGCUGCAAAACCAUUACGGUUGGUCCAGGCGGACGUCUGCUACCGCCACCUCUCCAUGCUUUACAAUCGACGUGAACAUUGGGCCGAAGGUGGACUGUCUGGCGAGAAAUUUGGUCCAUUAGAUCUUCAUUUGGCAGUGAAUGGUCUUCCGUCUAUCGACUUAACCGGCGCUCACCUGUUUGGAGACAUUCAAGACACUUGGUCGCCGGCGUUCGCUGAUUGGACGCCCACAUCAUCGACGUCAGAUCUAUCCGAAUUCUCUGGGUCACCUACAUUUUCAAAUCACUGGGACCUCACCCUUACAGUUCACGAAUUGGCAUCCCAAACACCAGAGGGGCUACGGGACGCUGCGUGCGUGCCUUCACCUGCCCAAGAAAUGAUGUUAAUUCAGACUCAGGGCCGACCGGAUCUUUGCGGAUUAGUUGGACGGAAUGCAAUGCAACAACCGCACCAACAUCACGGCAUGGCUGCAUUUCCUCCAACAGAUUGGAUUUCAUCGACCGUAGAGCCUGUCUCGAACAUGGGACACGCACCGAGCAUCCAAUCAUCUUACGCACCGUCAGUUAUGUCUUCGCCAUCACUAGCGUCAGUUCACCAGAGCAGUUUUGACGAUUCAGAAAGCACCAGUCUUCAAGAAUGCUUCGAAGUGGCCAAUGAAUUUAUUAUGAAUCACACUGAUGGGACCAGCAAUACCAACAACUCAGAUAACUGCCUUUCGAUGGAUGUCGAUGCCAACGCUUUACUUACAGACGCCGCCGAAGCCUUGGCAGCUGCAGCCAUUCCAUUAUCUAAUUUUCAAGACAAUUAUACGCCAUCUAGAUUUCAACCAGCAUCGUUUCAACAGAAAGAUGAUACAGCCAACAAUUUCGGCCAUCCGCAUAGUGCUACCAUCUUGGAGAUGUCAGCCUUUCAAGCUGCUGUCCAAUCUGUUCAGUCCCUCCGUCAACGACAGCCAGGACCAUCUAGCAGUAGUUCACUCAUCACGGAGGAUACUGUCCGUCAUCCAUCAUUAAAACGACAAGGACUCGCAUCGGCCACCCACGAUCCAAUUGCUAGACACGUAGAACCAGCGUCUGGAUACACCUGCCCUUACCCUUUAAAUUUGCCAAUCGGGCCCCGGCAUCCGAUAGCCAAUACUAACUUGCAGACGAACACUCCUAUGGCUUCAACCUCUUUCGCUGUUCCAUCCACGAGCUUUGAGAGAACUGCAACAACGGAAAAAACAAGUCCAGGAUGCUCCGCUGUUGCUGGACGUUCUGACCCGACCGUCCGAUCAAAGUCUCCGUCGCAGCUAUGCGCCGUCUGCGGUGACAAUGCCGCUUGCCAGCACUACGGAGUCCGGACAUGCGAAGGCUGCAAAGGAUUUUUCAAGCGGACUGUACAGAAGGGAUCCAAGUACGUUUGCUUGGCUGAUCGCAACUGUCCGGUUGACAAGAGGCGGCGCAAUCGCUGUCAGUUCUGUCGCUUCCAAAAAUGCCUCUCUGUGGGCAUGGUCAAAGAGGUCGUCAGGACGGAUUCUUUGAAAGGUCGACGAGGACGUCUGCCGUCGAAGCCCAAAUGCUCGCAGGAAUCACCUCAUUCCCCACCCGUUUCCCUGAUUACGGCACUUGUUCGAGCUCAUCUUGACACUUCGCCUGACAUGGCCAACUUUGAUUAUUCAUUGUAUGUCGAACAAAGCGGAAAUGAAAAGAACCAACUUUCUUCAUCACAUCCUACGGAAGUUCAGGCUGAUCACAUCCAUCAGUUCUUUGCGUUACUGACUACUUGCAUCGACGUCAUCAAAGUUUGGGCAGAAAAGAUUCCCGGAUUUUGUGAGCUCUGUAAAGAGGAUCAGGAGCUCUUGAUUCAGUCUGCAUGCUUGGAAAUCUUUGUUAUCCGGUUUGCCUACAGAAUCCGACCUGGUGACGACAAGUUUAUUUUUGACAAUGGAGUUGUAUUACAUUCAUCACAAUGUAAACCGAGCUUUGGACCGUGGCAUGGUGCCAUCAUCGAGUUUGCCCACUCACUUCAUUCAAUGGAUAUCGACCUCUCGGCGUUUGCCUGUUUGGUGUCUCUUACGCUGAUCACUGAGAGACAUGGAUUACGUGACCCGCAUAAGGUGGAACUGCUCCAAAUGAAAAUCAUUUCUUCGUUGAGAGAUCACGUGACUUACAACCCGGAAGCUCAACGGAAGCCCCACUAUUUCUCUCGUUUGCUGAGCAAGCUGCCCGAACUGCGUUCUCUGAGCAUUCAAGGUCUGCAGCGGAUUUUCUAUUUGAAGGUGGAAGAUUUGGCUCCCGCUCCUCCUCUUUUGGAAGCCAUUUUCAGUUCUAGCUUACCUUUUUGAUUAUGGUGUCGGCUGAGUGCCAUCACAUGUGGAGAAGGUUGGCAGGUUCGACCACGUCUUAUUUCCUGGGUCUACGUGACACUAGUCGUCCUAUUUCAUUUGAAUCACCUGCUGCUUUUAAGGUCUUUAGAAGGUUAUUAGUUUAUCAUCUUUGUCUGCAUGCAAUGAACAUUUCCUGGUGAAAUGGUGGGAUUCGCAUUCAGGCAAACGGUCGUACUGACCAACGUAACAUUUUUUUCGGAAGCUUAUUUUUACUUAACCACUUGUCAAGCCUUGAUUGAAGGAACCUGUGUUCAUAAAUCGUUAAAUUAUUCGCUUUUCAUAUCAACCACAUCCUCUAAACCAUUUCGUAAAAUCACCAUUGCAACUACGUCGUGUUAUUGGCUCUGCUUUGCUACAAUGCAAAGCAGUUACCCAAAACACUAUUUACUAUUUUUAUUCACCAUAUUGUCAUUUUCAUUUACUAUUUCUUAUUAAUACCAUUCAAUUUUUUGAAUUGUCUUUUUUCGACAGCUUUAAAUAUUUCCCUAAAUUUUUACGACAGACCUUUAUUCUUAUAAAUUUCAUAAUCCCAAAGUAGAAAAGCUCAGACCAUUUUGAUGAUAUUCUAACGUGUUACGUUCAGAGUAUGUUACCUGAACAAUAUUUUAUUACAUCCUUUGCCAAACACAUCGUCUAGAUCGAAACCUGAGUAUGUUUGCAAAACAUUUAAUUGCAUACAACUCACGCUACCAACCAGAUCAAGACGUUUUCAUGAAGAGAUCUCUUUACAUAUUACUUCAUAUUACCUACAACCAUUUAACUACAAAUGAGUGUUACCUAGAAUAGUCUAUCAAAUAGUACUAUAUCCUCCGACUUGUUCCUUCAUCCUACAAUUUUUAAAUGUUCUCUUUAUAUCCAAAAAUUGGAAUAAUUUAUAUUUA